CCUCUCCCAUCCCGUCCCCAGCCCCCCACUCCCCGCGCCCCAGCUCCCGCCAGGCUCCGGGUGCGGCUACAGCGGGGCCGGGGCGAGCCGGUGUGGGGAGGGGGGCGCCGAGUCCCGCGCCCCGGGGCCUGCGGAGAGGGCGGUGCGGGGGGCGGGCCGGCCCCUCCCUCGCUGACGCCGCCGCCGCCGCCGCCGAGCCCCGGAGCGAGAGCGCGGGCAGCGGAGCGGGCGCCAGGCCGGCCGGGCAGGAUGCGCUACCGGGCGUCGGCCCUGGGCAGUGACGGGGUACGGGUGACCAUGGAGAGUGCACUGACCGCCCGGGACCGGGUGGGAGUGCAGGACUUUGUGCUGCUGGAGAACUUCACCAGCGAGGCGGCCUUUAUGGAGAACCUGCGGCGGCGCUUUCGGGAGAACCUCAUUUACACCUACAUUGGUCCAGUGCUGGUCUCUGUCAACCCCUACCGGGACCUACAGAUCUACAGCCGGCAGCACAUGGAGCGUUAUCGCGGCGUCAGCUUCUAUGAAGUGCCGCCCCACCUGUUCGCGGUGGCCGACACUGUGUACCGGGCACUGCGCACGGAGCGCCGGGACCAGGCGGUGAUGAUCUCUGGGGAGAGUGGAGCCGGCAAGACAGAAGCCACCAAGCGCCUGCUACAAUUCUACGCUGAGACCUGUCCAGCCCCUGAGCGAGGGGGUGCCGUGAGAGACCGGCUGCUGCAGAGCAACCCUGUGUUGGAGGCCUUUGGGAAUGCCAAGACCCUCCGGAAUGACAAUUCCAGCAGGUUUGGGAAGUACAUGGAUGUGCAGUUUGACUUCAAGGGGGCCCCUGUGGGCGGCCACAUCCUUAGUUACCUCCUGGAGAAGUCGCGAGUGGUUCACCAGAAUCAUGGCGAGCGCAACUUCCACAUCUUCUACCAGCUGCUGGAGGGUGGUGAGGAGGAGGAGCUGCGCAGGCUGGGUUUGGAGCGCAAUGCCCAGAGCUAUCUGUACCUGGUGAAGGGCCAGUGUGCCAAAGUCUCCUCCAUCAAUGACAAGAGUGACUGGAAGGUGGUCAGGAAGGCCCUGACAGUCAUCAACUUCACCGAGGACGAAGUAGAGGACCUGCUGAGCAUUGUGGCCAGCGUCCUACACUUGGGCAACAUCCACUUUGUGGCCAAUGAGGAGAGCAAUGCCCAGGUGACCACCGAGAACCAGCUCAAGUAUCUGACUAGGCUCCUAGGUGUGGAAGGCGCGACAUUGCGGGAAGCCCUGACGCACAGGAAGAUCAUUGCCAAGGGAGAAGAGCUCCUGAGUCCACUGAACCUGGAGCAGGCCGCGUAUGCGCGGGACGCUCUGGCCAAGGCCGUGUACAGUCGCACCUUUACCUGGCUGGUUGGCAAGAUCAAUAGGUCCCUGGCAUCCAAGGACGCUGACAGCCCCAGCUGGAGGAGCACCACGGUCCUAGGGCUCCUGGACAUCUAUGGCUUCGAAGUGUUUCAGCACAACAGCUUCGAGCAGUUCUGCAUCAAUUACUGCAACGAGAAGCUGCAGCAGCUCUUCAUCGAGCUGACGCUCAAGUCAGAACAGGAGGAGUAUGAGGCCGAGGGCAUCGCGUGGGAGCCUGUGCAGUAUUUCAACAACAAAAUCAUCUGUGACCUGGUGGAGGAGAAGUUCAAAGGCAUCAUUUCCAUCUUAGAUGAGGAGUGCCUGCGCCCCGGCGAGGCCACAGACCUAACCUUCUUGGAGAAGCUGGAGGACACCGUUAAGCACCACCCACACUUCCUGACGCACAAGCUGGCUGAUCAGCGGACCAGGAAAUCCCUUGACCGCGGGGAGUUCCGUCUGUUGCACUAUGCCGGGGAGGUGACGUACAACGUGACCGGGUUUCUGGAUAAAAACAAUGACCUUCUUUUCCGGAACUUGAAGGAGACCAUGUGCAGCUCCAAGAACCCCAUCAUGAGCCAGUGCUUUGAUCGGAAUGAGCUCAGUGACAAGAAGAGGCCAGAGACGGUUGCCACCCAGUUCAAGCUGAGCCUGCUGCAGCUGGUGGAGAUCCUGAAGUCCAAGGAGCCUGCCUACAUCCGUUGCAUCAAGCCCAAUGAUGCAAAACAGCCAGGUCGCUUUGACGAGGUGCUGAUCCGCCACCAGGUGAAGUACCUGGGCCUGAUGGAGAACCUGCGCGUGCGCAGAGCUGGCUUUGCCUACCGCCGCAAAUAUGAGAUUUUCCUGCAGAGGUACAAGUCACUGUGCCCGGAGACAUGGCCCACCUGGGCAGGACGGCCCCAGGAUGGGGUGGCCGUGCUGGUCCGGCACCUGGGCUACAAGCCGGAAGAGUACAAGAUGGGCAGGACCAAGAUCUUCAUCCGCUUCCCCAAGACCCUGUUUGCCACAGAGGAUGCCCUGGAGGUCCGGCGGCAGAGCCUGGCCACGAAGAUCCAGGCUGCCUGGCGAGGCUUUCACUGGCGGCAGAAAUUCCUCCGGGUGAAGCGUUCAGCCAUCUGCAUCCAGUCAUGGUGGCGGGGAACACUGGGCCGGAGGAAGGCAGCCAAGAGGAAGUGGGCGGCACAGACCAUCCGCAGGCUUAUUCGCGGCUUCAUCCUGCGGCACGCUCCCCGCUGUCCCGAGAAUGCCUUCUUCCUGGACCAUGUACGCACUUCCUUUUUGCUUAACCUGCGGCGGCAGCUGCCCCGGAAUGUCCUGGACACCUCCUGGCCCACACCUCCACCUGCCCUGCGUGAGGCCUCGGAGCUGCUCCGGGAGCUAUGCAUGAAGAAUAUGGUGUGGAAGUACUGCCGGAGCAUCAGCCCUGAAUGGAAGCAGCAGCUGCAGCAGAAGGCCGUAGCGAGUGAGAUCUUCAAGGGCAAGAAGGACAAUUACCCGCAGAGCGUGCCCAGGCUCUUCAUCAGCACGAGGCUGGGUGCAGAUGAGAUCAGUCCCAAAGUGCUGCAGGCUCUGGGCUCUGAGCCCAUCCAGUAUGCCGUGCCUGUCGUCAAGUACGACCGCAAGGGCUACAAGCCACGCUCCCGGCAGCUGCUGCUCACACCCAACGCUGUGGUCAUUGUGGAGGACGCCAAAGUCAAGCAGAGGAUUGAUUACGCUAACCUGACUGGGAUCUCUGUCAGCAGCCUGAGUGACAGCCUGUUUGUGCUCCACGUGCAGCGGGAGGACAAUAAGCAGAAGGGGGAUGUGGUGCUGCAGAGUGACCACGUGAUUGAGACACUGACCAAAACAGCCCUGAGCGCAGAUCGAGUGAACAACAUCAACAUCAACCAGGGCAGCAUCACGUUUGCAGGAGGCCCCGGCAGGGACGGCAUCAUCGACUUUACACCAGGCUCUGAGCUGCUCAUCACCAAGGCAAAAAACGGGCACCUGGCUGUGGUGGCCCCGCGGCUGAACUCCCGGUGAUGAAGGCACCCCUGCCCCAGGACCCCUUCUGCCUCCCGGUGCUUUGCUUCCUCCCCUUCCUCUUCCCAGUUACCAAAGACUUGAGCUUCUUGACAGGGAUCCCGGGACCCUUCCAAGUGCACCUGCUGACACCUGCCCCCUGCUCAGCCCUCUCUCAAGGGAGCAGCAGCCAGCAACCAGGCAGCUGCCCCUAGGAGGGGGCCAGGCCGGGCCACAGCAAUAGGAAUGCCGGGGCCAGGGCCAGCUGUGCCGGCCUCACUGCUGAUGCCAAAUAUUUGAGAGAAGGGAAUUUUUGCUGAGGUUUUCCUCAAUGAUAUUUUGAUGCUUUAUAGGAAACUAUUUUUUAACAAAGCCAUUUUUUCUUCCCGCCCCGAGACACACUGGAUGUGUUUUCCUCAACUCAAAACAGGGCAAGGAAUGUAGGUGAGAGGUUGAAUAGGCUGGGCUCUACAGUCCUCCUCCUGGGCCAGGCUCAUUCCUCUCUGCCUCAUUCGCAUGGCCCCUUGUCUGUCUGUGUCUGCCUGCCCGCCUGCCCGCCCAUCCCUCCCCCUACACCUUCUGCAGCCUGCUCCAGCCCCUGGGGGCUGAGGCCAUCCUCCUCUGUCUCUUACUUCCCACAUUAAGAAUGCCCUUGCAUAUCAUCCCAGUCAGAGGGCGUCCUGGUUGAGUGGGGCUGGGGGCGAAGCAGCCUUAGACCUUAGAUGUGGAGGACUCAAGAAGCAUCACCGAGUCAGUCCAACGCCUUUGUGUGAUGGAGCAGGAAGGGACCUGUCCGAAGUCAUGGUCAAAAAUUCAGGUUGGGGCAAAUCAGGACCAGAGCCCUGCCCUCAGCACGCUGCACUGCCACUCCCAGAGACAGGAGUCUAUUACACACAGGUCACGUCGGAGGUGGGCACCUGGCUCCCUGACCAGCAGUCACUCUGGGGGGCCACCAGCUGGGAGAAGCACCUCUGCCCAAGUCUGUGCCUUAGGAUGACCCACACCCCACCUAUGUGUGGGGGCCCCUGCUCAAAGAGGUGGGGUCCUCACUGACCUUGCCCUGGUCUGGGAACAUGGGAGAGAGGCUGCAGGGGUCUCACCCCUUUUUGCCACUUCCCCCACACCCCAGAGGGUUGUGGAAUGGGGGAUUGCCUCACUGCCUCUACAGGCUCUUAGGGCUCUUAGCCCACUGCUGACACUUCUGCAAUCCAGAGAAACACUAAAUAAAGCAAUACAUGUUUGCCAA